GUCUACCUCAACGUGUACAGUCUGACGCCCCUCAACAAGUACCUGAGCUGCUGCGGCAUCUGCAUCUUUCACUCGUCCAUCGAAGUCUUCGGUGUUGAGAUCGCCUUCGGAGGACACGCGAACUCCAGCUCGGGCAUCUUCGAGUCGAAACCAUUCUACCAGCUCGAGCAGAUUUUCGUGUGCUACACGAGGAAGACGUACAGUCAACUGCAGGAGAUACUCGCUGAGAUUGCUCCUGACUGGCCGGGAAACGGCUACGACCUUCUUCGUCGAAACUGCAACCACUUCUCUGCCACGCUGACCGGGAUGCUCGCGCCCAAGUUCAAGUACCCCAACCACAUCAACAGAAUCGCUCGAGUCGCCUCGUCCAUCUCCUGCUGCCUCCCAAGCUACAUCGCGCAGACCGAAUUUCCUCAAUUUACGGAGUUGUGGGAAGGGGAAGGAAGGUGA